CUUCGCUCGUUCUUUAGGCCAGGCAGCCCCCUCUCCUCCGCCGACCGACGGGCCACGCGUAAUGUAUGGGUCGAGUGAUCCGCCGGUUUGCGUCCCCUCUGCGAGCGGACGUUUUUGCUGUGUCAGCCCAGGAAGCGGUGUCGCUUCUGGCGCAUUCACACGGUCGCUUGGCAUGUCGGCUGGGAUCCACCACCUCGGGGAGCCAGCCCCCGUUGGACACGGUGGGACUUGCAAGACUUCUAGUACCGGGCUGAAAGGCUCCAAAACCUUCUUUGAGGUAGAGCCACCAAGAGAACAAAAUGGACCUUGAUGUGCUGAACAUGUUUGUAAUAGCGGGAGGCACCCUGGCUAUCCCAAUUUUGGCAUUUGUGGCAUCCUUCCUUCUGUGGCCUUCAGCACUGAUCAGAAUAUACUACUGGUACUGGCGCCGCGCCCUGGGCAUGCAAGUUCGAUACGUGAACGACGACGACUACCAGUUCUGCUACUCCUACCGAGGGAGGCCUGGCCACCGGCCCUCUGUGCUCAUGCUGCAUGGAUUCUCGGCCCACAAAGAUAUGUGGCUUUCUGUAGUCAAGUUCCUUCCAAAGAACCUGCACUUGAUUUGUGUUGACAUGCCUGGCCAUGAGGGUACGACUCGCUCAUCCCUUGAUGACUACUCAAUCUAUGGGCAAGUGAAACGAAUACACCAGUUUGUUGAAUGUAUCAAUCUGAACAGGAAACCCUUCCAUCUACUUGGAACUUCCAUGGGCGGAAACGUUGCAGGAGUUUAUGCUGCUCAGUACCCAGCGGAGAUCUGUAGCUUAAGUCUUGUAUGCCCUGCGGGGCUACCGCCUGGCAAGGAAAGCAAAUUUGUUAAAACACUGAGGGAGCUGAAGGAGUCUGAGUCCCUCAGCCAGAUUCCCCUGAUCCCAUCCACCCCAGAGGAAAUGGCAGAAAUGUUAAAGCUUUGUUCUUACGUACGCUUCAAAGUGCCCCAGCAGAUCCUGCAGGGCCUCGUCGAUGUCCGCAUCCCGCACAAUGACUUCUACCGCAAAUUGUUUUUUGAGAUUGUAGAUGAGAAGUCCAUCAGCUCGCUUUAUGAAAACAUGAGCAAGAUCAAAGCUGCAACACAGAUCAUCUGGGGAAAGCAAGAUCAGGUCCUAGAUGUUUCAGGAGCAGACAUGCUAGCAGACUCGAUUCCUGGCUGUCAGGUACACAUUCUGGAAAACUGUGGACACUCGGUAGUCGUGGAACGGCCCAGGAAGACGGCAAAGCUCCUCCUGGAGUUUUUAGCUACGGUACAGAAUAUGGAUCACAAUAAGAAGCUGGCUUGAAAUGCCCACUGUCAAGUUGAACCCUUAAGCUAGAUGUUUCAGUUAUGAUGAAAUACUGCUGAUUUGAUCAAUUCUCAGGGGUCUCAUACAGAACUUGGUGACUGUGCCAAAAUCCCUGAAGAAACCAGAUUAAUCGAUAUAUUUAAUUUGUAGGACUGCCAGUGAGGUGGCUCAUGGGAUACUGAGAAAACUUCUGAUAACGUGUGUUGAUAAAGUCCAGUAAAGUUUACAUUAUCCAGAUAUUUUGGGUGUAGUAAAAGAGCCAUCAGAUUUAUGACUCUAACUUUUUCGUUCAGGCACUUUCCGUCUAUUUUUUUGAUAACGUGUCCCACUCCUUUCUAUCCAAGUUGGGCUAGAUAACAUGCAUGCUAGCUAGACAGAGUCUGGAGAGCCUCUGACCUAUCUUAUCUUGCCAGAAAUGUACCCAUUUCUUAGACUGUCUUUGGUAAUUUUUCAUUGAAUUGUAAAUCUAGUGACAUGAAAAGAAGCUGGAAGGACAGAUCUUUUGGAUUCUUUCUGACUUUAGUGAAUUUCUUUGCAAAGUUCCUGAAUUAUCCGGAAAGUAUGUACCCUGCAUAUCCAUUGGCCUUUACCUUUAGCAUACAUGUAAUAUAAUUAUUUAUACAACAUAUUAACUAGACUAUGACCUCAAUUCAGAAAAUUCUAUAUCACAGAAUGUACUGGCCACUCCUAGGUUUAUGCAGCUGUGUUAUGUGAUCUAGCAUAAUAUCUGGCUAAUUGGAAUGUAGAUGCCAAUGACAUUCAUCUUGAAACACAUAGGAAAAAUCAGUAAGUAGCAAAACUUCAUAGACUGAGAGCGAAGGGAUGUUCCUGCCUCUUAGUAUAUAUGGCCUUGCAUGAUAAAUAAUUGUUACAAAUGACUCUUAGGAUCCAGGUGGUUGCUAAAGUGCUGUUUAUGCCUCUCAUCAAUUUAUGAUUUCAGCAGAGAAGGAAGGCAAUGCGUGAAAUUCAAAGGGCACAAACGUUUUAGAGAAUCUGCAACUCUGCAAUGUUUACACUGAUUUAUUUUGGAUGAGUUUUUGUAUCCCUCAAGAGCUCCGUUUCUUACGUUUGUACUGCCUUAAUAGUCGGUAUUGCUGAAAUAUUGGUAUAAUCUGAUUUGAAUCAGGAAAGGUUUUUUUAUGGUUGUAGUAUUCAAACAAUUUUGGAGUAACUGGUUUCGGGAUUCAGACUCAAGGGGAAAAUUCACUGACUAUGUACUAAACAAACACACACAGCUUAGGUCUACUGAAAUCAACAGGACUGUUCCUGAUUCAAGCGGUUAGCAUAUUCCCUGUGAAAAGUGAUCUUUCUGUGCAGUCAAUAAACCAAGUGGAGCCAUUUCUGGAGCCAUUUUUUUCCAUCUAGAUGGGACUUUCUCCAAGCAAUAAUGCUGUAUGUAGAUAGAUGCACAAGUGAUCCAAUUCAGGUUAAAGUUGGGAUGAGCUGUUUUCUCAGCUCUUUUCUUAAUUGUUUGUUCUGCUGAGUUAUUUUGAUGUAAAUAAUUGAGUUUCUUAAUGAAUUCUGUGAAUUCUGUGAAUGGUAAUGUCUUGGCUGGGGGAGGGAGGGGGGAAUGUCUACAUGUAAAAAUAAAAUCUAAUUAGGGUACUCUAAAGUGAAUUAUUUAUCAGAUGCAUCUUCAAGUUUAUUGGACAAGAGCUUAGAAAAUAUGACCAGCCUUCUUUCUUCUAGGUAUUUGUACUCAUUUGCAGUUUCAGCUCUUUAGCCGAGUGAAGUUUCUGAACCAGGUUUGUUUCGUCUUCUUAUUUGUGAUGCUCCUUUUUAAAAAACAAAAACAAAAAAAACCCACACACAUUACUGAGGUUUCUGAAAAUUUCCCAUACCGAGAAACACACAGCAAACAUCAUUGUCAAGUCUAGCUAUAAUUUACAGUGAGUGGUACUUAGGCAGUAGUGUAGUGGUUGGGAACCUGUGGCUCUCCAACAAUUGUUGGACUUCAGUUCCCAUCAGCCCCAAUUGGCAUGGAGAACAGCCAGGGAUGAUGAGAGUUGCAGUUCUGCAUCAUCUGGAAGGCCACAGUUUCCCCACCCCUGCUGUAGCCUACUGUAUGCUUACUCCAAAAUAUCCCUAAUAAGUCAGUGGAUCCAUUCCAAAAUACGCUGCUGACAUAUUGCAACUUCAGAAUAAUUUUGUAGGCACACUUUGAUUCUCAGCGUUCCUUCUGCUUUUCUAUGGGGCUGCUGAGUUCAUGGGACCAUAAAUGUAGUUGUAUGGCUACUCCAUUUAUUCCCCAGUUGUAAGUGCUAAAGGUUUGGUUUCUUCUAAUUUGUAAGUAUCUGUGUAUUUUUUUAAACUUGCAUUUACGACUGCCAUAGCACCUUUUGAAACGUGAUACAUGGCAUCCCUGUGUUUGAACCACUGCUGGUCUAUCUCAGUGUUUCCCAACCAGUGUGCCUCCAGAUGUUUUGGGGCUACAACUCCCAUCAUCCCUAGCUAGCAAGACCAGUGGUCAGGAAUGAUGGGAGUUGUAGUCCCAAAACAUCUGGAGGCACACUGGUUGGGAAACACUGGUCUAUCUCUUGCACAGGUGGGAAAGGAAACGUUCCACCUUUUUAUUCGAGGGGAUCGGAAAAAUGUGUGCUUUUAUCCAGUAAUCGCUUGAUCAACAUUGCUGCAACUGAUGGGAAUAAAAACAAAGGGUGGUAUCCAACUAAAACAUACUUAGAGUAGACUUGCUGGGAUUAAUGGAGAUACCAACUUAAGUACAUGGAUUUCAGACAGUCUGCUCUGAGUAGAACUUGGUCAGCUACCACUCAAAGAGACUGGUAUCUUAAUGCCUGCAAAAACCAGAGGAGUUAGAAUUUUAUUUUAUUUUGGUACGGCUUUCAGAAGUCAAUGUCGUGUCGGCAAAAGGACUUACUGUAAUUAAAAUGUAAACGGAAAUAAAACUCUAGUUCUCUUUUAAAUGUUUUCAUAAUACUGGGACCUUAUUCGGUUUGCAAUCCACCCCCUCCAAACUAAAUAUCCUCACACUAUAGAUAGUCUUGAUAUGCUAUAAUGCUUGUUUUUAUGCUUGGAUUUAAAAAAAGAAUGUGAGUGCAUGUGUGAAUGGACAGCAAGUGCAAAAUGGGGAGAAACAGGGGAAGGAGCCUCCGGAGACUGGCACUGCACCCCCUACAGGGGUGUAAGCCUUGGCAAAGGCCUAUUGAUGCCAGCCUCUGGAAACAGUUCUGGGUAAAUGGCACCCUGUUUGUAGGCAAAUGGAUCAUCUACAUCCAAACCUGUUUAAUUCUAUUCCCUUCCUGGGCCAUUCAGGUAAAGAAAUGCGGAGGCCCUUCCAGACUGCCUCUUAUUUGGGGGGUGGGAUUCAACUGCAUUCAAGCAAAUUAAAGGUAACAUGGAGGUCACCUGCAACAAACCCAUUUCCCUCCAAAGACCAGACUUUUUGCGAUAAGGAAAGUGACAGGGAAAUGCAGUGGAGCCCAUGGGAUAGCAUUUAUUUUGAAGCAACGUUGUCUAACCUCCCCACAAGCAAAUCGUAGCGAAUGCUCAUUAAAUAAGAAACGUCGUCUAGCUUCCCCGCGAAAAAAUCCAGAUGGAUGUUCUUUUUUUUUUUAAAAAAAGACAUUUUAUUGAAUUUUCCAA